AUUGCACUGGUUGAUGUUGUCUAUGAAGUAUGGUUUAGGACAAGAAUGAAUCCACUACUUCUUCCUUUGUUAUCUCUAACUGUUCUCUUACCUGCACAAUGUGCAAAGUGGUAUACAGUUUGCGACAGACUUCCAAACGAUAAGAGUUUCUAUGACCUGCAGAUUGUAGACCUAGAGGGAGAAAAUCGGACGCUGCAGGAGUUUGCAGGGAAUGUAACCUUGGUGGUAAAUUUAGCUACUUUCUGAGGGUUUACCUAUCAGUACCACCAAUUGAAUGCAUAUGUCAGCUUUAAUCCUAAACUUAAGGUCCUAGGAUUUCCGUGUAACCAGUUUGGCCACCAAGAACCAGCGGACAAUAAAACAGAACUUCUAAAUGGCCUGCAAUAUGUUCGUCCGGGAAGCGGGUUUACCCCCGCUUUCGAUAUAAUGGGAAAAGGGAAUAUAAAUGGAGAAAAGGAGUUAAAAGUUUAUACGUAUUUAAAGGAACGAUGUCGUCUUCCAGAUGAAGCCAAAUUUAACCCACACGAAUGUUUCUGGUCCAAAUUCAAGACACGAGAUGUUGCAUGGAACUUCGAGAAGUUCCUUGUAGAUGGAGAUGGCGUUCCUGUUUACCGAUUCCUGUCUGCUGUUGAACCAAUGGACAUUCUAAACAUCUCGACUGCUCUCCUUGAUACCAGGUCCUGUAACAGCUCCUGUAUUGAAAAUGAGUUACACAUACUGGAAUCAAAAUACCAAAAGGAAUAAAAAGCCGUGUUGGUUCUCAAAUACUAGUAGCUACAUAUGAUCUUCACUCACGUGCGUACCGUUUGAUCGGGUUUGGUAUUAGGCAUUGUUUCAAAUGUCAGGUUGGGUGGUCUUUUUCUAGAAUAUUUUUGUAUAAUAAAUUUUGAUGCAUUUAUGUUUUUCUAUGACAAAAUAAUAAACAAUUU